GAAGGGGGGCCGAGAGCAUGGGGGUAGAGCAACGUUUUCACUCUUUGUCACUCUUGGAUUGGGGGCGGAGGAAAACCCACUGUGGAAAACUAUAAAAAGCAAAGAGGGCGGGGGAGAGCAGCCAGAGCGCGCCAGCCCUGCCGAGCGCAGUCGGCGCGGGCAUCGCUGGGCGCCGGCAGUGGCCGUAGUCUCGGGUGAACCCUGGACGGCGCUUGGAGCUACUGUGUCUGCGCGUGGCGCCUCUGCUGGCCUCAGGUCUCCAGGGCCGCCCAGACCAGAGGCGACUCCUGACCUCCGGUGGUAGCCCCUGCUAACCUUGAAAAGAAGGACGUACGUCCCACCAAGUUAGAGACCCAAAGUGUGGGGUGGCGGGGGAAGGAGAGAACAGCCACCGAAGCCAGCGAAGGCACAGGCGCCGACCCUCGGUCCAUCCAGGGGAGGACUGAGUCCGGGACGGUCGCCGAGGUGCGCAGCACUCGAGUCACGCCUCCUCCUCCUCUGCGGGGAAGGCGCCCAGGCUGUGACCGCCUCCUGUGACCGCUGCGCCUCUCUGCCCUGCUGGAGAACCGGCCUUGCUUGGGUCACGCUCGCUCCCGGCCAGUUUGAGACUGCGUGGUUCUCAGGGUCUUGGGUUCCCGGAGCAGGCAGGGUUGGGGCACAGCGUCUGCGAGUCCCGCGAGCGCUGCAUCCCCCGCCCCUCGGGCUCUGCGCCUCCCCGGGACCCCUCGUGGCCCGCCGGGAGAUGGCCGCGUGGAUGCGGGGCAGGGACUCGUCCCGCUGUCUACUGCUUCUGGCCGCGGUGCUGAUGGUGGAGAGCUCGCAGCUCGGCAGCUCGCGGGCCAAACUCAACUCCAUCAAGUCUUCUCUGGGCGGAGAGACGCCUGCCCAGGCCGCCAACCGAUCUGCGGGCAUAUACCAAGGACUGGCUUUCGGAGGCAGUAAGAAAGGCAAAACCCUGGGGCAGGCCUACCCUUGCAGCAGUGAUAAGGAAUGUGAAAUUGGAAGAUACUGCCACAGUCCUCACCAAGGACCAUCAGCCUGCAUGGUGUGUCGAAGGAAAAAGAAGCGUUGCCAUAGAGAUGGCAUGUGUUGCCCUGGAACCCGCUGUAAUAAUGGCAUCUGUAUCCCAGUCACUGAAAGCAUCCUAACCCCACACAUCCCAGCUCUGGACGGCACUCGGCAUAGAGAUCGAAACCACGGUCAUUACUCAAGCCAUGACUUGGGAUGGCAGAAUCUAGGAAGACCACACACCAAGAUGUCACAUAUAAAAGGGCAUGAAGGAGACCCUUGCCUGCGAUCCUCAGACUGCAUUGAAGGAUUUUGUUGUGCUCGUCACUUCUGGACGAAAAUCUGCAAACCAGUGCUCCACCAGGGGGAGGUCUGCACAAAACAGCGCAAGAAGGGCUCUCAUGGGCUAGAAAUUUUCCAGCGGUGUGACUGUGCCAAGGGCCUGUCUUGCAAAGUAUGGAAAGAUGCCACCUACUCUUCUAAAGCCAGACUGCAUGUGUGUCAGAAGAUCUGACCACAACCGAGGAAAUGCAUCAUCAGCAGACUGUGAAUUUGUGUAUUUAAUGCAUUAUGGUAUGGUGGAAAACAAGGUUUGGAAUACAGAAGAAUGGUUAAAAUGUUGAAUGUGAUAAGAAUAUAGAGUGGAGAAAGAGGAAAAUGAAGGAGAACUGAAUGGAUUAGAGUGGGUGGCAGAUACAGAGCAACCAGAGUGUUUCCAUUAUGCCACUGGUUUAUGUAAAUAAUGUACACAUUUGUGAAAAUGCUGUUAUUAAAAAGAAGCACACAGUGAAAAUUACUGAUGAGUAUCAUGUGGCUUUCCAAGAGUUUAGGUUGUGCUGGAGGAGAGAUGCCUUCAGGUUGGUGAUUGCCUCUAAAAUUCACCUAAAAGCCACGUAUCUAUUCAGUUAACACUUUAACAAAAUACACCUAGUGUACCCUGUCCUACAGUACAUGAACUGAGUUGAUAAACAUGGAAAUGAGAAUGUAAAGCAUAGUUAAUUUGCAAUACAGAAUUGCCUUUUAAUUUGGUCAACUUCAAUAGUUCAAUUAAUGGUUUAAUAGAUAAAAAAGCAGUCAAGGACAUGAGAAAAAUAACAAAUUGAUUUCCCCUCAAACUGUUUCUUUACAUUUUAAAAAAUUAAAUUCAUCUCAAUAAAAAGAAUACAAGAUAAGAAGGAUUCCUUGAUUCUGAAGGAAUGACAUCCUAUUUCUCUUGGUUAUGUGAGAUUCCUACCCUGAAUACAUUUGUUUUUCCAGCUAUACCCAGUAAUUGUGACCAGUGCAAUCAAUAUAUGCACAGAGAAGAAUCUUUGCACGUUGGAAAAAAUUUAAAGCUGUCUAAAAUAUGUGGGAAACAAGGCUAAUGGAUAUGUUAUUAUUUUUUAAAGCUUUAAUAUACCCUACAUUUUGAUAAGAUUGGAUGUAAAUGUGUGUGUGUGUUUUUUAACACACUCUACGGUAGGGUAGAGUGAAUCUGAUAACCGAGACUAGAGUGAUAACUGUCCUGUCCCAAAGUACAGCAAAGGACAUGGAGAAACUCUGUCAGUUGUCCAGGGCUUGGCCACACACAGAUCAUGUGUAUCACAUACAUGCUGACUUUUCAUCUUUGAAAGCAGAGGCUGUACAACCUAAGGGAAGUUCUCUGUGGGAUUUGCUAUCAUAAUAUUUACAUGCAGAUGAGUUCAGCAUAAGGUCACUUUCCUUUCCUACUCUCAAAAUAUUUAUUUUAUAUUUUUGGGAUCCUAAAAUACUCUCAAUAUGAGGUGGUCUCAAGAAGUGGACCCCCAAAGUAGGUAGCCUGGUGAGAUUCAUUGUCCUCCUCAGGCUUCUAACUGACCCCUGGUACCGUGAGAGACGUCUGCAUCGAGCUGUCUCUGCUAUAACUACUUCAUUGCCAAAGAUAUAGUUUCUGCUUUCUGCAGCCACUGAGGUUAAAAAGCAUAAUAACUUGUAAAACCUACAUAUCAGUAAUCUAUAGAAACAACAGUCUCUAAAUUCUUUUGAAAACAUUUUAUUAUUUAACUCAAUUCUAAAUCUUACGCCUAGAGCAUAUGAGAACAAAAAGGUUAUUUUAUAGUUCUAACUUUAAACCUCUAUGGACGGAAAGUUACUCUUGAAUUUUGUUACAGCUACCCCACCUGCAGCCUCAAAUUCAAAUUCUCCAAUAGAAAGAGAACCAGAGCCUGGAUGGAGAAUUUAACUUCCUAUACACAUUUACUAGGAUGAUGAAGAUGUAUGUUUUCCACACAGGUCUACAAAAAAAAUAUAUAUGCUACUUGAUCCAAGAGCCCAAGUUGGUGCCAACAGGCUCUUCAAGCUUGGUGACAUGAAAUGGGAACAUUUCCACCAACUGUUUUUUAUAUAGCCACUACACCUACAGUCUAGGUCCUAUACCAUUUCCCUUAUGUUUACCCUUUCAAAAAUUAUUAUUUGAAGUAAUUUAUUUAGAGGAAAUGUUAUGAGAUGUAUUUUCUUAUAGAGAUAUUUCUUACAGAAAGCUUUGUAGCAGAAUAUAUUUGCAGCUGUUGACUUUGUAAUUUAGGGGAAAUGUAUAAUAAGAUAAAAUAUAUUAAAUUUUUCUUCUCCCAAAAAUUGAA